UAACUUGUAUAUUUUACUGAAGUAACUAGUAAAUGUAAAGAUUGUAAAUAAGUAGUCAAACAUGUAAAAAACAAACAACAAUGUUAGUACUAAGAUCAACUUAUCUGUUACACACAAAACUCAAUAGAUGUCGCUGUGCUGUGGCGCAUUUCAAAGUUAGUUGUCGCUAUUAAGAUUUUUCCUGGGAUAACGACCUCAUGUACUGAACAAUGUUUUAUUUGAGAAUUAGCUAGGAGUCAAUUGCGCACACAUAGUGUACCGUUUGGGACCUUUGUAAAGCCAUUUGAUUACGUCUACCACGCUCCCCUUUGCGCUCGUCGGUUGUCCUCAAGGACGCUGUACGGCCUUUGGAACCUCGUUAGAAUAGGUAUUUAGCAAUUUUAGCAUAGUGUUGGCUGAAUAAACGCCCGAGACUACUACACGUCGUUUCUAUCUUCGCCUGCGCGCACGCCCCACCCCUCUACGGAUUUUCAUUCCCUUACAUCUGGCGCCCAACUCGAGGCCGUGCUGUGACGUCACGACGUUGAUGACUGUCGAGACACGAAGAGCGAAGGUUUUGCGAGAACAACGUGUAGAAAAAAUGGCUGUUAACAUGUCAGAAGGACAGUUCCAGCAGCUAUUGGAGGCGAUCACCAGCGCUGUACGUCCUGCUCCGCCGCCGGUGAAGCAUAGCUCCUUCGCGAAGGCAACUUUCUUCUUCGACGGAAAACGGGAUCCAGCCUGCGUGCAAACGUUCCUGACGGCAGCGACGUGUUUCAAGCGUGUCGGGAACAUUAGCGACAGCGACGCACUAAAAAGUUUACCUCUCAUCCUGAGAGAUGAUGCAGCCGUUUGGUGGAACGGCAUAAGCGAGACUGUGAAGACCUGGAAGGACUUUGACAGCAGAUUGCGUAGAGCGUUUUCACCGAAGAAACCCGCGCAUAUGUUGUACAAGGAGAUCAUCCUGAACGACCAAGGUUCUCAAGAGCUCACUGAGACCUUUGUCGCCAAGCAGAGGGAUUUGAUUGCUCAGAUGCCGGAGCCCCAGCUCUUGGAAACGCAGCAACUGGACAUGGUGUACGGGACUCUACAUAGGAGGAUAAGGGAGAAAGUGCCGAGGGAAUCUGUCCUGAGCUUUGAUGCCCUCCUCGAGGCAGCGCAAUCGGUGGAAUUGCUCCUGGAUGACGAAGUUCCUGCACCGACAGUGCCUAAACGGAAGGAACGUAUCCGAUGUCACUAUUGCCGGAUCGUGGGCCAUACAGAAGAUGUAUGCCGGAAGAAAGAGAGGCAAGAAGCCGCUCGAGAAACGGUGAAGGUUGAAGCGCUGCCACCAGCCACAACUACUACCUGCACUGCGCCAACUGCAACGGCAACGCCAGCGCCAUGUCCGCCACCGCCCGUCAUCACGUGCUAUGGGUGCGGUACGCCAGGCGUAGUUAGGAGCAGAUGCCCAAAGUGUGCAGUAGCCAGGGGGUCGACCAAGACGGAACGCGUCGACUUUUGUGCCAUUGGGGUUACUGAGGAUUACUCCAUGGAUAUCCGAAAGAGGCCCAUCAUCGGAAUUGGCAUAGAUGGAAUGUCUGGGACUGCUUACCUAGACACGUGUGCAAAGAGCAACGUUGCAUCCUACCAACUCUACACUUGCCUGAAGAAGCGUGGCUACCGAAUCAGCGUGGAAUCUGCGAAGAUAACGUUGGCGGACGGCGUUGAUAGGGUACAGGAGGUCCUCAACCUGCGAUGCGUGGUGAAUGUGUGCGACCGCGCGGUCCCAACCAAAUUCAUCGUGUUCCCCGGCAAACGGGACACAAGAACGCUCCUGGGAGUGCCCUUCCUGCAAGAUGCUGGCAUAAUUGUUAAUCUGCCACAGAUGAUAUGGCACUUCAUCGACAAACCCACGACCAUGUACGAGUUGGGGGAGGAAGACGAUGGGGAACGAUCACUGACGUACGAGUCAGAACCGAGUCUGCAGUGCUGCAUAGCUACGUCAGCUGUGUCUAUGAGUGCACCUGCGCCCGAGCCGAGGUAUCAAACCACUCUGCAGCGUGCCCUGCCGUUCGACGCUGACCUGCCAUCCGAGAGUGCCACUGUCCCCUACAAGCUGAUCCCGGUUACGAUCGCCGAUGUGCCGGAAGUAUCCGUCCCCAAGAGACAGAGAACCCUGUUCGACGGUUACUCACCCAAGUUCGUGGAUGACAUGUACCGAGACGCUCAGCGAACCCUUGCAACGACGGAGAUCGAGCUGUCCCCACAUUCGAUGGAACUGUUCCCAGAGCCAAGUAGAACUGGCCGUAACCUAUAACCCAUACCAGGGUAACAAUGCAACCCCUAAGACACGUACCUACAGUCUUAUGGAAGAGGGGGAGACCCAGAGACUACCCCUGUACCAGCGACCGGAAAUGAACGCGGACGUGCUCCCACACUGACUACACUUCAACGUCGACUUUCCUGUCACUGCGCCGGGUCGACUGCAGUUCCAGAGGGGGAGACUGUAACGCGAACAUUUACCAAAACGUAUAAACUCAGUGCAAACAAGCUUAGUUCAACCGGCCGCUACUAGAUGGCGCCACCGGUACUGGUUUUCCGAGUGAACUUAGCAAAUAUUUAAGUGUUCCCGUAGACUUAAAAUUCUAAAACCUAGUGCAACAUAUGUUAACGGGUGCCUAG